AUGGCUAGAAUAAUUAAUGAGCGAUCGAUAUCUGAAUUUUCGAAGAGCACUAGUUCAAGUGGUAAAAACUAUGAAAAUUCUGUGGCAUUCACCUUCAAAGGUCUUUCCUAUGAGUUGCAAUACAUCCUAAUAACCUUUACUAGCAUUGCCUUCUCAAAUAAUGCUUUUCACGGGGAGCUACCACAAGAAUUGGGAAAUUUGAAUGCUCUUGUAGUUCUUAACCUCUCUCAUAACUCCUUUUUCGGCCAUAUUCCUUCAUAUAUCGAGAAUUUGAGCCAGAUUGAAUCGUUAGAUCUCUCUUGUAAUAACUUUAGUGGAAAUAUACCUGUGCAACUUGCAGGAUUAUAUUUCCUCGAAUACUUGAAUCUAUCCUUCAACAAGUUGUCAGGAGAGAUCCCAGUAGACUCCCAACUUCAGCUAUUCAAUGCAUCUUCAUAUGAAGGCAAUCAAGGGUUGCAUGGACCACCAUUGGCACCAAUAAGAAGAAACAAACCUGAUGAAGGAAUGACCCCCAUCGACCUCCUCACAAGGAUCAUACUGGAAUUUGAAGAGCCAAGGUAA